CCAAGAGUCCGGCCUUAGUGAAACUACAGCUCCCAGCAGGCUGCGCGGCGACCAGUUGCGGACCCAGUGGAAUGUUUGCCACGAAGCCUGCUGGGACUGGUAGUUCCCAUCCUCUAACGGCUUAAGUAGCUUGGCAUAUGCUCUCAGAAUCCAGCAGUCAAAGCCUCAAGCCUCUUUCUCCCUCGGGGAUCCAGAGGUGCCCCCAUGGCGGGCUCGGAAGAGCUGGGGCUCCGGGAGGACACGCUGAGGGUCCUAGCUGCCUUCCUUAGGCGAGGUGAGGCUGCCGGGUCCCCCAUCCCAACCCCACCCAGGAGCCCUGCCCAGGAGGAGCCAACAGAUUUCCUGAGCCGCCUUCGAAGAUGUCUUCCUUGCUCCUUGGGUGGAGGAGCGGUUCCCCCUGAGUCCCCUCGGCCUUGCUCCCUGCCCCUUCGCCCCUGCUAUGGGCCACAGCCUGGCCCAGCCACUCCAGACUUCUAUGCCCUGGUGGCCCAGAGGCUAGAAGAGCUGGUCCAGGAGCAGCUGAGAUCCCCACCUAGCCCAGAGUUACAGGGCGCCCCACCCACAGAGAAGGAAGCCCUGCUUCGGAGGCUGGUGGCUUUGCUGGAAGAGGAGGCAGAAGUCAUCAACCAGAAGCUGGCCUCGGACCCAGUCCUGCACCGCAAGCUGGCCCGCCUCUCCGCCGGCUCCUUCGCCCGCCUUGUGGAACUGUUCUCCAGCCGGGAGGGCAGCCCUCGCCCCUCCGUGCAGUGCCCCGGGCCGCCGCCGCCUUCCCCGGAGCCCCUGGCCCGCCUGGCGCUGGCCAUGGAACUGAGUCGCCGCGUGGCCCGGCUAGGGGGCACCCUGGCGGGACUCAGCGUGGAGCACGUGCACAGCUUCGCGCCCUGGAUCCAGGCCCACGGGGGCUGGGAGGGCAUCCUGGCAGUUUCACCCGUGGACUUGAACUUACCCCUGGACUGAGAUCUUCCUCAGCAGCUGCUACGAGAUUGAACCUCAGGAUCCUGGGCUCUCUGCGUGCAUCUCAAGCCUUACUGUUCUACUCAGGACUGUGGGGUGGUAGCUUCCCACCCUGGUUUUGCCAAAAAAAAAGUUGUUUACCCUUUUUUCAUAUUAAAAGCUUUUUCAAAUAUUUCA